GCCACACUGUGACUAAUCUCUCACGUUUUGUAUUAACGCUGAGCGAUUCGUACGCUACAUUACCUGCUCAAACUUAGUACAUAUUUUAUGUUACAUUAAUUAGUUACACACUCUUAUUUAUUCUUAGGCGUAUUUACAGAAACGUGUUAAUUUUUUAAUCAUUACAAUUGUUUCGUUUUAAAUGUACAAAUGUUUUGUUGUGUUUAAAAAUGUCUUGCAUUUGUUAAUUUGUUGAUCGAGUUUCCCACAAAAAACAAAAAUAUCCCAUUGUUACAAUGAUAUCUUAUUCGUGAACAUGAAUUUAAAAUAUAUAUUCUUAUUUUGGGUGUUGACGAUGAAUUGUUCCAGUCUUAUGUGCUUGGAAUAUUCAAAAGGUUUUAAUGAGUCGGCUAUAAACACAAUACAUUCGGGCCAAAGUAAACGCACGAGUAAAUUUCUAUUUGACACUAUUUUUCGCAUAAGUUCGGGAGUAUCAAAUGCCUUUGGACUUUCGGACACAGAAGACGAGGUUGAGUAUACAGAAAACUCGAGCCUAAAAAAUUGUGAUUGUGAUUGUGGUUUUUCCAAUGAAGAGAUCCGUAUAGUAGGCGGGAAACCAACCGGUGUCAACCAAUACCCUUGGAUGGCGAGAAUCGUGUAUGAUGGAAAGUUCCAUUGUGGAGGGUCCUUGUUGACCAAGGAUUACGUGCUCUCCGCCGCUCACUGCGUCAAAAAACUGAGAAAAUCCAAAAUCAGAAUUAUUUUUGGAGACCACGAUCAAGAGAUUACUUCGGAGUCGCAAGCCAUCCAACGGUCUGUUACAGCCGUAAUAAAACACAAAAGCUUUGACCCAGAUACCUACAACAAUGAUAUUGCCCUGUUGAGACUUCGCAAGCCUAUUUCGUUUUCUAAAAUCAUAAAGCCAGUUUGUCUUCCCCGGUUCAAUUACGAUCCUGCAGGUCGAAUUGGAACCGUUGUUGGCUGGGGACGGACGUCCGAAGGAGGACAAUUACCGUCCAUCGUUAAUCAAGUUAAAGUUCCAAUUAUGUCCAUCACGGAGUGCCGGAAUCAAAAAUACAAAAGUACUCGAAUUACCUCAUCGAUGUUGUGCGCCGGAAGGCCAUCCAUGGACUCAUGCCAGGGCGAUAGUGGAGGACCGCUGUUGUUAUCUAAUGGAGUUAAGUAUUUUAUCGUCGGAAUCGUUUCCUGGGGCGUCGGAUGUGGUCGCGAAGGAUAUCCGGGUGUUUACUCAAGAGUGAGCAAGUUCAUUCCGUGGAUCAAAUCUAAUUUAGAAAAUACAUGCCUGUGUUCUUAGUCAAUGUUGUAUGGAAAUACACGAACAUAUUUAUUGCCUAGCUAAGUCCAUUUGAAUACAAAGUGUCUUUGUUAUUAUACCAUGCAAUCGAGAUUGAAAAUAAAAUUAAAGUUUCAUUUAAA